AUUUAUUUAUUUUAUAUUUUUAUAUUUUUAUUUUUUUAUUUUAUAUUCACAAAUGAAUGAGCUACUAUCAUCUCUAAUUAAAUUUCCCAUAAAUGAAGAGUUAAAAAACAGUAGUAAUAUUAGUGAUAGAUUAUUAUAUAAAGUUUGGAAUAAUAUUGUUUUAAGAAAAGAAAUUCAUAAACAUAUUUUAAAGUUUAUUGAACAUGGGGUUGUAGAUCUUGAUAAAUCACGUUAUGACCAGUUUAAAGACAAAUCAUAUAUAACAACACUUAAGUGGCAUGGUGAUCUACUUUCAGAUAAAAAUGAAUUUCCACCAUUUUUGACAAAUUUAUAUUUGUACCGUUUAAAUAUGUCACCAACUUUACCAAAUACAAUUACAACACUCACAUUCGGUGAUAGUUUUAACCAAUUAAUUACACCCGGUACAUUUCCAAAUAGUCUCACAACACUCACAUUCGGUGAUGAAUUUAACCAAGUAAUUAAACCUGGUACAUUACCAAAUAGUCUCACAACACUCACAUUCGGUGAUGAUUUUAACCAAGUAGUUCCACCUGGCACAUUACCAAAUAGUCUCACGACACUCACAUUCGGUGAUCAUUUUAACCAAUUAAUUCAACCCGGUACAUUACCAAAUAGUCUCACAACACUCACACUCCGUUAUUUGUUUAACCAAGUAGUUCCACCCGGUACAUUACCAAAUAGUCUCACAACACUCACAUUCGGUUAUUUGUUUAACCAAGUAGUUCCACCCGGUACAUUACCAAAUAGUCUCACAAAACUCACAUUCGGUGAAAAUUAUAACCAAGUAGUUCUACCCGGCACAUUACCAAAUAGUCUCACAACACUCACAUUCGGUGAUAGUUUUAACCGAGUGGCUCUACCGGAUACAUUACCAAAUAGGCUCACAACACUCACAUUCGGACGUCAUUUUAACCAAGUAGUUCCACCUGGCACAUUACCAAAUAGUCUCACAAAACUCACAUUCGGUUAUGAGUUUGACCAAGUAAUUCCACCCGGCACAUUACCAAAUAGUCUCACAACACUCACAUUCGGUGAUAGUUUUAACCAAGUAGUUCCACCUGGCACAUUACCAAAUAGUCUCACAACACUCACAUUCCGUUAUGAUUUUAACCAAGUAGUUCCACCAGGCACAUUACCAAAUAGUCUCACAACACUCACAUUCGGUUAUAAUUUUAACCAAGUAGUUCCACCUGGCACAUUACCAAAUAGUCUCACAAAACUCACAUUCGGUGAAAAUUAUAACCAAGUAAUUCCACCUGGCACAUUACCAAAUAGUCUCACAACACUCACAUUCCGUUAUUUGUUUAACCAAGUAAUUCCACCCGGUACAUUACCAAAUAGUCUCACAACACUAACAUUCGGUCAUAACUUUAACCAAGUAGUUCCACCAGGCACAUUACCAAAUAGUCUCACAAAACUCACAUUCGGUUAUUGUUUUAACCAAGAAGUUCCACCUGGGACAUUACCAAAUAGUCUCACAAAACUCACAUUCGGACGUCAUUUUAACCAAGUAGUUCCACCAGGCACAUUACCAAAUAGUCUCACAAAACUCACAUUCGGUGAAAAUUAUGACCAAAUAAUUCCACCCGGCACAUUACCAAAUAGUAUCACAACACUCAUAUUUAGUGGUCGUUAG